GUGGAGGAAUCAGACGCAGAAACACUCUCUCACAGUUUAACACUGUCCUGUUAGUUCACUAUCUCUCUGUCUCUGAAGUGUUCACAUAUAGAGAUCCGACAAUGCUUCACAUGUGUGUGUUGUUCUGCGUGUGUCGUCUGGCCGGAGUGUUUGCUGGUCCAGAUUCAGUGAAAUCAGUGUUAGUGAUGGAGGGAGAUUCAGUCUCUCUAAACUCUGGUCUCAUUGAAAUGAUGGAUGAUGAUUUGAUUUACUGGACGUUUGGAGAUAAAAACACUUUAAUAGUUCAAAUUAAUGUACUGGCCGGCAGACAAACUGUAUAUGAUGAUGUUCUUGGUGGGAGAUUCAGAAACAGACUGAAGCUGGAUCAUCAAACUGGAUCUCUGACCAUCACACACACCACAACUGAACACACUGGAGUUUAUAGACUAGAGGUCGAAGAUGGUGUGGGCAAGAGUUUCAGUCUCAUUGUCUACGCCCGCCUGCCUGUUCCUGUCAUCAGUAACUCUUCACACUGUUCAUCAUCAUCAUCAAAUUGUUCAGUGGUGUGUUCAUCAUCAGUGUUGAGUGUGUGUGAUGCGACUCUGUCCUGGUACAGAGGAAUGAGUGUAUUGUCCAGCAUCAGUGUGUGUGAUCUCAGCAUCAGUCUCUCUCUACCUCUGGAGGUGGAAUAUCAGGAUAAAAACACCUACAGCUGUGUGCUGAACAAUCCCAUCAGCAACCAGACCACACAUCUGGACAUCAACACACACUGUCACACGUGUGCAGACUCCACUGUUGUCCACUGUUGUGGUUCUACUGAAGCUGUGAUCCGAUUGGUCCUCUCUGCUCUGGUGGGCGUGGCUACUGUAAUUGUUCUACUUUAUGACAUCAGAUGCUGACAACUUUGUUUUCCAUUAGGGAUGUCAACAAUUAGGCGA